UGAAAAACUUAAGAAGUUAAAACCCUAUUCCCUUCGAUAUAAAAUGAUUUCAAAAUCACACCAAAUCUGGAGGGAAAAAACCACUCGCCAUUGCAGACUAAAAUGUCCUCCAGAAGGCGUCUUCGAAUAAUCUGUUCAUCCGACGAAGAAGACGACGACGACAUACAACAACCACAACCACCUCUUCAACAACAACAACAUCAUGAUAUCGAAUCCGAAACCCCCAAUCCCUCAAUUUCUAACCCUAAUAACCCACCUCAUCCCAUCCAAAUCGAACUAUCCGACGAAGAAUUCAUCGACGCAACCGAAGAUUCUCCCAAUUCACCGCCACUUCCAUCAUCACCUCCGCCUCAACACCACCAGCCUGUUUAUACUUCAGAAUAUUCUACUACAAGCACUGUUGGUACGAAUCAAGCUUCUGACAGUCCUAUUGGUAGGGUUUUGGGAGAAUUAGGGUUGAGAUUGAAGGGUGAAUGGUUGGAUUCUUGUCUUCGUGGCCUCGAGACCGCGGUCCCUGGAUUCUCCAGCCUUGAUGCUACACAAAAGGCAAAGCUUUGUUUUGAUAAGUUUUUGAAUGCUGAUAUGAACUACUGCGGUGCUGGAUCGCUUCCGAAUAAUGUGCAUCAAAUGCACCUUGUUGAUCUUCCUGGACCGUUUGUGUUGCAGGUUGAUGAGAUAGUAAAUAUUAGUCAACAUCUUCGAGAGCGUUACAAGAAGGCAAAUGCUGGCUUAAAGAGAUGCCUAAAACUAUCAAUGACCGAUGGUGUUCAACGAGUUUUUGGCAUGGAAUAUCAGCCUAUUAAAGAUCUAGACGUUCUAGCUCCUGCAGGACUGAAGGUUGCUAUUUCUAACGUAACUGUAAGGCAUGGGCUCAUAAUGCUGGUUCCAGAAGUUUUUCAAGUUCUAGGAGGUAUAGUUGAGGAGCUAGAUGCAGCACGACAAAGAGUUGUUACUGAAGUUAAUAAGCCUCCAAGGGGAAGAAGGACAAGAACAGGAGUUGUCCCCCCUUUAGCAACUAGAGCUACUCGUGCAGCAUGGCCUGCUAAUGAUCCCGUUUCUCAAAGUACAACUCCAAUGCAGGGGGAUAACACAGUUCCCGUUAAUGGUAGAGCGUCAUCAAAUUCUGGAGUUCCCGUUAAUGGUAGAGCGUCAUCAAAUCCUACAGUUCCCGUUAGCGUUAGAGGGUCAUCAAAUCCUUCAGUUCCUGGUGAUUUUAGAGUGUCAUCAAAUCCUGCAGUUCCUGUUGGCGUUAGAGCGUCAUCAAAUUCUGCAGUUCACCUUAGCGUUAGAGCGUCAUCAAAUUCUUCAAUUCCUGUUAGUGGUAGAAUGUCAAAUUCUGCAGUUCCUGUUAGUGGUAGAGUGCCAAAUUUUGCAGGUCCAAAUGAACAUCAGCCACCAAGAACCGGAGUAGAAUCUUCUGUUUCCGCCCAUAGGAUGAAUACCGAACCGUUUCCAUCUACGGCUGCAACGGAAAAUUCUGUUAAUAUGAACUCAGAAAAUGCUACUUUUACUGUUCCCAUAAUUAGGGAAACUGUGGAAACAACGCCGUUUAGGGUUCGAGAAGAAACCACCGCUCCCGUCCACCUGGCAUCACCUGUGGCGUUUUCCGAUGACGACGAAGAUGUCCACUUGGUGGCUACAAGUAGGGAAAAGCCGUUCACAUACUUGGCCCAAUUGUCAGUUAAAUGGGCUGAAUCGAAAGAUAAAUCAUCUCAUGUUGAGGGCAAAAUUAAGUGUUUUGUGACUGGAGUUAAGGUAUUCCAGUAUAAGAAAAGGAGCACAUAUGAGCUUCAAGUAUAUGUAGAUGAUGGUAGUUUGAUAUCCGAGAUCCUUAUUGAUCACAAUAUUGUACAGAAAAAGAUAGGCUAUUCUCCGGAUGAGACAAACACCGCGUUGUCUUCUUCAGAUCAGUCUAGGGUUCAAGACAUGAAGAACAUAAUGAAACAGUUUCAAGUUUAUUUAGUGAACUUUGAGGGAAUAAUGGUUGUAAGGAUAAAUGAAGCAUCAAGUCUUCCAGUUGCAAUAGAAAUGCAGCAGGGUUGUUCUUUAUCUGAUGCAUGGUCCCUUCUUGGAAGAUUGAAGUCUAGUAACGAUGAUCAACGAUCACAGUUGGAUCCAAUUAUUUUAUCCCCGUAAAUUCAUUAUGACUUUGUUGGUACAUUUAGUAAUUAUUUUUUAUUGGUACAUUUCAGUUGAGUUA